GUGAUGAUAGGAAAUCAUGCAAACAUUUUGAAUUUGUUCAACUCUCCUCCAGGCAUUUGAACGGCGAUACAGCAUGUCCGAGUUCCAAGACGCUCUGUAAUCGUCGGAUCUGAAGAGUGUCAUAUAUUACGAACGAAAUUGCACCGCGAUUCGAAUUACGCGGAUUUUUAAGGAUAUCUGCCUUCGCGCUAUAAUAGUGCGUAGGUCGCAGACUACCUGUAUUUGCAUACUUCCAGGCGUUAGCACGCCUAAACAUAAAACAACAUAAAAAACGAACACCGACUAGUAUAUUACUACGAUCAUAACUAGUUUUGCCUUAUGCCAAUAAUUUAAAUAGCUCAAAAUAUUACAAAACAAAAAUGUUUGUCCAACAUUUCAAUAGAGACACAACAGAUAAUCCGAUGCCUUUUGCUUACGUAUUUUGUCCUUUACUUCAAACCAGAUUGAACCAGUGUGCAACAAAUUGACACGCGAAUUGCAUACAUUAGGCGCUUAACAAAUUUCAAACAUGCAAGACGGUUAUCUCAGAAGGUUUUACUCAUUAUGGUGUACAUUUCAAAUUAAUUUAAAUCACUUUACUACCUAUGUGAAAUUUAAAUUAACCUUUAAUUACCUUUAAUUAACGCUGUCAAAAGCGUUUUUGAACAAGUCUUUAGAUUAAUCAUAUUAGUGAUAAAUGUGAUAGUCGUUCCGAGAUAUACAUAGGCAAAUUUAUCAAAAUUCCAUUUCAUUUCAAUAAGCUUAUCAGUGUGUCAUUAAGAAACCGAUUAAAAACAUCGUUUUUUACCUUAGGAAGACCUCUUGAAAGGAUUUUUUUCGCAACCACUUUCUUUCUGUACAUUAAACUGAAGAAAUGUUCAGAGAUUAAAUCAUGUUCCGAAUGGUAAGUAACUCAUCCACAGGUUAAUAGUGCGAUAGAGUAUCAUCACAAUAGAGCUUUAGAGCUAAAAAUGCGUAACCCGAUUCAGCUGUCCGUUCGGUUUACUCUCUCACCCCCCAGCAUCGAUAGCGGUUCGAACCAUUCUCACGGUGUUCGCUGUUUGCACGACGUUGAGUUCCCUUAUCGUAGUAUCGAUACCGGCACAACAGAUAAGAAGUUUGGUGGAUGUCUCGAUCAACAAAUAUUAACUUACCAGUCAGUCUGACCAGUCGAUGGGCAGGUGUGAACGUCACGCCACUAUUGCCGUUUUACGAGGUGUCACAACGUUUUCGGAACCCUUCUUACUGUGGGCGCUUUAAAAUGUGAAAUGUCUCGUUGAGUCACACGCGAUAGAAUUUGGUGCAGCAAGUUGAAAGAAAAAUAAUAAGUCGAUUCUAAUACCAAUUUUACAACUCCCAGUUUCGGUUAAGUGAAUGUAAGCGUGAUCCGUAAACAUGACGCUGCCAACGUAUAAUGUGUUCCGGCCCUUCGCCAUCUUUGCUGGUGUGUUUAGCAUUUUUCAAUCUCUAAUAUGGAUCGGAUUUGCGAUUACCGGCAUCAUCGCUUAUUAUUGCGAUAUCGACUUUUCCGGCCAAACGGAAACGAUGGGAUCGCUGCUAACGUUAACAUUCUUUAACGUCUAUUUCCGAGGUACUUGCGACCAGCCCGAUAUUCCACUGAUUGAUAUGUCACUGGUACAGCCGUUAAACCUAAUGCCACCAGGAGAUGUGCAUGCGUUCGUGUGGGUCUAUCUGAUCAUUCAUCUGUUUUGGGGCAUCAGCGCACUGACACUACUCACAAAUGCACGACAAAAGUAUGUGCGAUACAUAAACGUGUUCCUGUACAUAUGGAUCAUCAUAACCAUGAUCAUCAGUGUGCUGGAUCUGGCAUUAGGUAUACUGUUUGCCAUUGAUUACGAUACGAUAGUGCACGCACUGUUCGAGUAUCCGUUCGGAGUUGGACAGGUGCUACCCUCGGUACAGGUGCUUGCGACCGCAGCGCAUGUUUCCGGCAUUAUGAUGGUGAUGGCGUUCCGUGGUUGGAUCUUCUGGAUUGCCAAUGUUUCGCUGGCGAUCUUCAUGUUUACGCAAACGUUUAAGAUAUACGAUUACAACCAGAUGCGUCGCAAGCAAAGCAGCGGCACUGCAAAUGGAGGUUACGUACCGGAGGGUGAUACGAUGCGACGUCCACCAAUCGAUGCUUACGAUAUGAAUCAACCUAGAACGCAAACGUUUGCACAACCAGCCCCGUCUGCUGAGUACCGGAGACCACUCGAACGGAUCAGUGAAGGGCCCAUUGCGGUAGAAUCGCCCGUACCACCCCAACCGGACUGGAGUCAGCAACGUACGUUCGAACCGAAACCAACCGUAGUGAUUAGCCGUACGCUGGAACCACUGGCAAGACCGCAGUCCAACGAACCCGAAGAACGUAUGGACAAUCGGCCAAUCCCGCCACCGCCACCACCAAAGAACUUCAUGAACACGGUCGUCCGGCGGGAUGUUGCCGCGGCUAAAGUAGCGCGGGAGCUCAACUAUCGUAACAGCUUUAACGUGAAUAACAACGGAAUUGCCGCCGUUAAUUUACGCCCCACCGGGUUGAACCUUACCAACCCGGGACCGCUGAACAGUGACGGGGACUUACCGACGCCCAACUAUAGUCCACCGAUGCCCCGAACGAAUCCGUUCGAAAACCGGCCACCGUUACGGUCCGUGCUGCGAAAUUCUAGAUUCCAGUAGCUAUUGUAAAGGACAGACAGGUUCUGCCCCACGUGCCAAGUAUUUGAAUGUAAGCUUCCAUAAACAACCCACUAGUCGAUAGUUAAAAAUAAUGAAUAAAGCUGCUUCCUACCCAUCGUAUGUUCCACAUACCAAUACCAA